AGCUACGACUGUGGUUCAAGCGUCCAGGCUGAGGGUGGGGACGGAUGGCCCAGUUCUCCUGCCCGACACCCGUCCUGACCCGCGGGGACAGAUACCAGAGCUGUCGGCCACCUGCGGAUGUCCCGCCAGGCGUCUGUCUUUGUCACACACACACACACACACACACACACCCUCCCAGAAGGCAGGCCCUGCCGGACGCCCCCAUGUUACAGAUGAGGAGACAGACCAGAACGCGUUUAAGGAUUUGCCAGGGGAGGGGUGUCUGGGGCCGGAGGCUGAACAGGGGACACAGCUCAGCCCUGCGCCUCCCCCAGCAUCUGGCCGCUGAGAGUGGGCGUGUGCUGUGUGCAGACAGGCCUCCUGGCGGGCUCUCCCCGCCUCCUCCAGCUCGUAGAGACACAGCCACACGCGCCUGCUGCGGCCGCCUGCCCCAGAGCUCCCGCCUGCCCAUGGAGAUGCCUGCCCCUGUCCUGGCGUUGGUGAGAGGCCAGGCGCUGCCGGCCUUCCUGCUCUGCAGCACGCUGCUGGUCAUCAAGAUGUACGUGGUGGCCAUCAUCACGGGCCAAGUGAGGCUUCGGAAGAAGGCUUUUGCCAACCCCGAGGAUGCCCUGAGACACGGAGGCCUCCAGUACUGCCGGAGUGACCAGGACGUAGAUCGCUGCCUCAGAGCCCACCGGAAUGACAUGGAGACCAUCUACCCCUUCCUGUUCCUGGGCUUCGUUUACUCGUUCCUGGGGCCUGACCCCUUCAUCGCCCGGAUGCACUUUCUCGUCUUCUUCCUGGGCCGCGUGGUGCACACCGUGGCCUAUCUGGGCAAGCUUCGGGCACCCACCCGCUCCCUGGCCUACACCCUGGCCCAGCUCCCCUGUGCCUCCAUGGCCUUCCAGAUCGUCUGGGAAGCCGCCUGCCACCUGUGACCAGCAGCCGACAACAGCUCAGCCAGCAGACCGCUGGCCGCGAGCCCCCGUGACUGUACCCGGAGGGCACCGGGCGGCCCUUGGGGAUUGUGCUCAGCCCGGGGACCCGGUUUCUUGGCAACCCACCGAGCGCGGGAUCCUGGGCGCCGUGGGCCUGUGCGUGUUUGCCCAUGUGCGUGCACGCGUGUGGGCGGGCGUGCCUCUCGGACUUCUGGGUGGAGUGGCUACCCGGACCGUGUGGAGAUGGCUUCUCGAGACUGACAGAAAAAUCCUCCCACUCGGGCACCAGCGCAUUAAAAGCCUUGUUCCUUCUCCG